AUAUGUGUGGAAUUCUAAACAAGUCUAAUGAAUCCAUCCACGCUAUCAGUGAUAUCAAUCUUCAUAUUGUUAAUUUCUUGAACCAUAUGCAGGCAGAUGGGCAUCUUGCUUAUAAAUCAAUAUCUGGGAAGUAUCUAAGUCUUGCAGGUACUCACAGAUUCAUGGAUUGUGGAAAUCUCUGAUUGAUGGAUUGGUGCUCAAAUAUAUAAAUCCGUAAUUUUGGAUGGAUAUAGAAAGGUAAUAAAUUAACUCUGAUGUUCUCAGUAUUCAUCAGGUUAUUCAUCUAUGAAUGUUGACAGCUGCAAAAUUCUACUUCGCAAUUUCUUUCCAAAUAGAGCCUAUGUAGACUAAUAAAAGAAAUACUAUAUGAUCUCUAGCCAGCCAAAUCCAAUUUCUCAUAAUUAGAUCAAUGGAGUGGCACCUUUCUUUCUUCUUGGUCUUUUGCUUUUCUUUUGUCUUUUCAUUUGCUUGCGAUACCAUAACUCCAACACAAUCCAUCAGCGAUGGCCAGACGAUAGUUUCUUCAUUCCAAAGCUUUGAGCUAGGUUUCUUCUCUCCUGGAAAAUCCCAGAACAGAUAUCUUGGAAUAUGGUUCAAAAGUAGCCCUGAGUCAGUUGUGUGGGUUGCAAAUAGAAACAAUCCAAUCAUUGAUUCCACUGGAGUUCUAUCCAUCAGCAAAGAUGGAAAUCUUGUUCUCCUCAACCAAAUUCAGAGUAUUAUCUGGUCGUCAAAUAUAUCUGGUGUAGCAGAAGAUCCAGUGGCACAGCUCUUAGAUAGUGGUAACCUUGUCCUCAGGAAAAAUAUCAGUGUAAAUUCAGGAAGCUAUUUGUGGCAGAGCUUUGAUUACCCUUCAGAUACAAUGUUAGCAGGCAUGAAGCUGGGUUGGAACUUAACGACUGGUCAACAGCUAUACCUGACAUCAUGGAAAAGUACUGAUGAUCCAUCCCCAGGAAACUUUACUUACAAUCUUGACAUUCUUGGGUUGCCUCAAUUGGUUAUUUAUAAAGGUUCCAUGAAAUGGUCUCGGACAGGACCAUUGAAUGGAAUUUAUGUUGGUGCCACUCCUAAUGUGGCCAACAUGGUUUUUAACCCAAUCAUGGUGUUUAAUCCUGAUGAAAUGUAUUACAUGUAUAGGCCUGUCAGUGAUAAUAUUGUUACGCUGUUAAAACUGAAUCAAUCUGGUUCACUGGAACGUCUGAUAUGGAAUAAAAACACUGCAGAAUGGAAAGUUUUAUACUCGAUGCCAUAUGAUACAUGUGACAUCUAUGGGCGGUGUGGUGGUAAUGCUAUUUGCAGUGUCAGCAAGUCACCUAUUUGCAAUUGCUUGACAGGUUUCGUUCCUAAAUAGCAGAAAG